AUGCCGAAUAUGCUCCUGAAUGCGUUUCUUAAGUGGACGUUUGAUAAUGUUGAACAACAGUCUCUCCAGGAGACCUUGGAGGAUAUCUGCACACGGUGCCCUGUUGGCUGGUAUAUCAGUGGCUCUUCAUGUUAUUACAUCUCUGGGAAAGAAUUAUCCUGGGAUGGGGCUCGAGAUAGAUGCUAUCAAAUGAGCUCUAUUCUUGUAAUGAUAAAGGACCAGACUGAAUCGGAUACUUUAAAUAAAUUAUUUACAACAAGCAGGAGCUACUGGAUCGGACUGAGACGGGACACUGAAGAUAUCAACAUCUGGAAGUGGCUGGAUGGGACACAAGUCCCCUUCACCAACUGGGCAAAGAAUGAGCCCAACAAUCACGGGAAAAAUGAGCAUUGUGGAGAAACCAUGUCCGGACCUUGGAAUGAUCGAAACUGUAAUGAUAAGUUGUCUUAUAUUUGUAAAAGGAUUAGAACUUGCUGA